CUGCUUCUGCGGUUGCCUUUCCCGGGGUGGGGGGCAGUUUCUGGGUCUGGGGGCUGCCGGGGACCCAGGCAUGCCCCCACCUUUGCAGCGCCCGCCCCGGGGCCUCCGCACCGCCUGCACUCCAGCCCCCGCGGCUGCAGCCCCGGAGUCGGGUGACCUGGGUAGCUUGAGGACGCCGGGGCUGGGCAGGUGCCAGGAGCCGUCAGCGGCCCCCCGCGCCCUCGCCUCUCGGCCGGAUCCUGGCAGGGGGAGCGCGGGCGCCAGCAACCAGGGGCCCCCGGGAGGCUACGUGCGGUCGCUGCUCCGCGGCGCCUACGCCUUCUGCUCCAGUUGCUUUCCCAGCCUAGCGGAAAAGUCGGGGCCUGGUGCCGGGCCCUGGGAAGCAGGGCAGCUGGGCGCUGCGGCCCGAAGCCAGCUGGUGGCCUGCCCACCCGCUCUGGACACCAGAGCCGCAGCCCGCAGAGAGGCGGGCGGAAGCCCAGAGCGGAGUUGCAGGGCGAUGGGGACCCGAGGCAGCUGUGUGCAACCGCGUCAGCCCGCAGCCUCUCGUGGGGCUUUCCGUGUGACCGUGGGGCCGAGCGAGGGGGUUCCCGCUGUUUACAAUUCUGCAACUUCAGUGGGCCCCCCCCUUACCCACCGUUUCGUUACCUGAGGUCAACCGAGGCUGAGAAAGAUUAAAUGGAAAUUUCCAGAAAUAAAUAACUCCUGUUUAUUACAGCACAUUGCUAUAAUCAGUCUAUUUUAUCAUCAGCUACUGUUGCUCAUCUCUUAGUGCACCUGAUUUAUCAACUUCCCCGAGAUUUGUAGGUACAGGAAGAAACAGUAUGUAUAGGGUUGACUGGGAUCCACGGCUUCGGGAAUCCACAGGGGCACGGCCAGAGCAGGACGCAUUGAGUGCUAGGCAGUGGGAGUUUCUGGGUGCAUGGUCAGCUGCAGAAGCCCUGUAAGCUGGGUUUUGGGGUGUGUGUGGGUUGUGUGCGGGUAGGUGUGUGGAGAAACUGAGCAUCUCUUGCAGCCAGUGAGCCCUGGACUGUCCUGAGUGAACAGGGAAGCAGGGCCAGAUAGAGAGGGCAGCCACGCUACCCAGCCCCUGCCUCCCCUGGGUCCCUGCAGACAAGAGUAAUUAGGUUGUUCCUUAAUCACAGCUGGUGCACAGACGGGAGACGGAGACUUGGGUUGCGGGACUGGCUCGCGGGCAUGCCUCCCUCUGGGACCCCCCCGCCCCCCAGUUUGGCCCUGGGUAAUCUCUUGUUUUCCUGUCUCCCUCAGGACACUGGGUUCCCUAGGAGCCGCCCCAGGCUUAAUGAUUGUCCAGGAGGUGGCUAUAAAGGGAGCCUGGGAGGCUGGGUGGAGGAGGGAGCAGAAGAAACCUAACUCAGCAGAUCUGUGCACCGCGAGAGCCACAGGCAGGAGCUGUGGUCGGAGGCUCGCGUCCUGGCUGCCAGGGCCUGCUCUUUCCUACCAUGGCGGCCCAGGGCUAUGGCUAUUACCGCACCGUGAUCUUCUCCGCCAUGUUCGGAGGCUACAGCCUGUACUACUUCAACCGCAAGACCUUCUCCUUUGUCAUGCCGUCGCUGGUGCAGGAGAUCCCCCUGGACAAGGAUGACCUGGGGCUCAUCACCAGCAGCCAGUCGGCAGCCUAUGCCAUCAGCAAGUUUGUGAGCGGCGUGCUGUCCGACCAGAUGAGUGCCCGCUGGCUCUUCUCCUCCGGGCUGCUCCUGGUCGGCCUGGUCAACAUAGUGUUUUCCUGGAGCUCCGCGGUCCCUGUCUUCGCCGCUCUCUGGUUCCUUAAUGGCCUGGCCCAGGGGCUGGGCUGGCCCCCCUGCGGGAAGGUCUUGCGGAAGUGGUUUGAGCCAUCUCAGUUUGGCACUUGGUGGGCCAUCCUGUCAACCAGCAUGAACCUGGCUGGAGGGCUGGGCCCCAUCCUGGCCACUGUCCUGGCCCAGAGCUACAGCUGGCGCAGCACGCUGGCGCUGUCUGGGGCCCUGUGUGUGGCUGUCUCCUUCCUCUGUCUCGUGCUCAUCCACAAUGAACCUGCCGAUGUUGGACUCCGCAACCUGGACCCCACCCCCUCCAAGGGCAAGAAGGGCUCCUCGAAGGAGGAGAGCACCCUGCAGGAGCUGCUGCUCUCCCCCUACCUGUGGGUGCUCUCCACUGGCUACCUGGUGGUGUUUGGAGUAAAAACCUGCUGUACCGACUGGGGCCAGUUCUUCCUUAUCCAGGAGAAAGGGCAGUCGGCCCUCGUGGGUAGCUCCUACAUGAGUGCCCUGGAGGUUGGGGGCCUUGUAGGCAGCAUCGCAGCUGGCUACCUGUCAGACCGGGCCAUGGCCAAGGCGGGGCUGUCCGUGUACGGGAGCCCUCGCCAUGGCCUGUUGCUGCUCAUGAUGGCCGGCAUGACAGCGUCCAUGUACCUCUUCCGGGUGACGGUGACCAGUGACUCCCCCAAGGAGGUAGCUUUCUGGACUGCGGCUCUCCAUCCUCUUGCUGAGCUCACAGGCUUUACGGAGCACGAGCUCUGGAUCCUGGUGUUGGGAGCUGUGUUUGGUUUCUCCUCAUAUGGCCCCAUCGCCUUGUUUGGAGUCAUAGCCAAUGAGAGUGCUCCUCCCAACUUAUGCGGCACCUCUCAUGCCAUUGUGGGACUCAUGGCCAAUGUGGGCGGCUUUCUGGCUGGGCUGCCCUUCAGCACCAUUGCCAAGCACUACAGCUGGGGCACAGCCUUCUGGGUGGCUGAGCUGGUUUGUGCAGCCAGCACCGCUGCCUUCUUCCUGCUUCGAAACAUCCGCACCAAGAUGGGCAGAGUGCCCAAGAAGGCUGAGUGAAGAGAGCAGGCCCUGGGGCACCCGCACCUGCAGCCUUUCCCCUGCACGCAGCGGGGAAGGGAGGGGGCUGCUCUGGCCGGGACUGAACUGUGGACUUCUGUUUCUGCGCCUUCCCCCUCGUCCAGGUGGUGCUGGAAGUUAACAGUGGCUAAGGAGGUACCAGCUCCCCUCGCCAUGCUCUAUUUAAAAGAUAACCUUUGUUCAGGACUCCAUUAGCUCCUAUUUCCUGCCUUCAGACAAACAGAAACCCCUCGCCCUCCCCAGUCAGGGAGUCUCCUAGAGCAGCCUUCCUCCGCUGGGCCCUGUCUCAUCCCCAUUCACCUGACCCACCUGAGUGGUUCUGUCCCUGCAGCCACAGCGCACUAAAGGCCAGUGACUUCUGCUCUGCCCCAAGACCCUCAGCAGUGGGCAACUGCUCUUGCCAAUACCUCAGUCUCCAGGGGAAGAGAGGAGGCCAAAACCCGGGGUACAGCAGGAGGUAUGGGUAGGAGGGUAAACGACUUGUUAUAGAUUAAAACUGGAUUUUAUACUAAA